CUGGCGGUAAGCGGCGUAUGUGCGGGAGCACGACUCCCCAGGUUUCGUCGCAGACAUCGACCAGGUAAGAGUCAGGGUCUAGGUCCGGUGUCGGGUCAGCAGAAGGUGUGUUCGCUGCGUUGCCAAACUGGUCGGGAGAGACGAUGGAGCCUGGCGUUGGGGUCGUGACGGGUGGGGUAGUGUAUACUGAAACCUGGUGGUUGAAAGCUGUUGGUAUGGGCGCGGGUAAUGACGGGAUUAGGUAUACUGGCGGAUUCAAGUCUGCAGAGAGGAUUGCGAGUGAGUGUGUAGUAGUUGAGGCGAGGGUUGUCCAGGUACUUAUUUCGUCUUGUAGUGGUUCGCCAACUUUUACCAGAAUCAGACGCCAGUGGACUUUUCGGGUUGAGGUUAUUUCUAUUGUUUUGUUCCAGAUGUCGCGGCAGACUUCAUCAAAUGGGCGCAGGAUUGUGGUGUUUUUGCGGCCGAGAGAGUAG